AUGCCCUGGAAAGGUUCCGACACUGGGCUGUUUCUUCGCUGCAGGCAUGUCUCUUGGCUAAAAAGAACGCUAAAUAUACUUGGUCAAGGCCAGGGGCGUUGGCGAACAUCAGCGACAGGUACCCGGCAUGAUUGGCCUAUCUCACCAAGUGCCCCUGACAGGCCCGGUGUGCAUGGUGUGUCCUCACUCGUGCCGUCGCCGCUCAGGCCCUUUGGCAUCAUGCCUAGGCCCACUCCGAAUCAUGCCCUUGCACAACCGUGA